CAAAGUGCCAAUAUAUUAAUAUAUAUAUAUAAUUUUUAAGUUCAAGAAAUAUUUUAAACAAUUAAAGUAAUUAUCAAAUUUUUAAAAAAAUUUUAAGGUUUUAAAAAAAAUUCUAAGCUGUCUUUGGUGGAUUCAAAGUCAUUGUUUAAAUUGAGAAUUAAGUGAAGAUAUGAUCUCUAGAAGCAGGUGGUUUCAUCCUACAAUAACUGGCAUUGAAUCUGAAAGACUGCUUCUUGAAUAUGGAUUUGAUGGUUCAUUUCUUGCACGUCAUUCAACUACAACACCUGGAGCAUAUACAUUAUCUGUAAGGCGUGGAAAUGAAGUUACACAUAUUAAAAUACAAAAUAAUGGAGAUUUCUUUGAUCUAUAUGCAGGAGAGAAAUUUGCAACAUUACCAGAACUUGUACAAUAUUACAUGGAAACCGGUGAAUUAAAGGAAAGAAAUGGACAAAUAAUUGAAUUAAAGCAACCAUUAAUUUGUUCUGAACCAACAACGGAAAGAUGGUUUCAUGGUAAUCUUUCUGGUAAAGAAGCAGAAAAACUAUUAUUAGAACGUGGUAAAAACGGUUCAUUUUUGGUUAGAGAAUCUGAAAGUGAUCCAGGGGAUUUUGCAUUAACUGUUAGAACUGAUGAUAAAGGAUCUUCAGAAGAUAAAAUUACACAUGUAAAAAUUAGAUGGCAAGAUAAAAAAUACGAUAUCGGAGGUGGUGAAAAAUUUUCCACAUUAUCAGAAUUAAUUGCCCAUUAUAAAGAGAAUCCAAUGGUUGAAACUUGUGGUACUGUUGUGCAGCUAAUACAGCCAUUUAAUGCUACUAGAAUAACAGCAGCUGGAAUUAGUGCCAGGGUCGAAAAAUUAAAUAAGGGUGGUUUCUGGGAGGAAUUUGAAUCUUUACAACAGCAAGAUAGUCGUGAUACAUUUUCUAGGCAAGAAGGCAGCAAAAUUGAAAAUAAAAAUAAGAAUAGAUAUAAAAAUAUUCUUCCAUUUGAUCAUACACGUGUUAAAUUAAAAGAUGUUGAUCCAAAUAUUAAUGGUGGAGAAUAUAUAAAUGCUAAUUAUAUACGUUUACCAAGUGAUUCAGAAUAUUGUAAUUUUAAUUCAUCAUCUGAAAAUUUAAAUAAUAGUAUACAUCAACAAUGUCAGGCAUGUUUAGCUGCACAACAACAAAAAUGUUGCCAAAAUUGUCAAAUGUUAAAUAAAAUAUGUGUACAAUGUGCCAUGAAAUCUGUAUCACCAUCAUCAAAUUGCACAAAUUGUAAUAAAAAAUCAGAUACAUUAACAAGUAGACAUAAAAGAAGUGAAUCAAUUACAUCAUCUUCAAUUAAUAAUGGAAGUAGUAUUAGUAGUGGGACAGGUGGUUGCGGUUCCGCUAAUGAUAAUAAAUCACAAAAAAAUGAAAAAGAAAUGUUUAAAACAUAUAUUGCGACACAAGGCUGUUUACCGAAUACAAUACAAGAUUUUUGGAAUAUGAUUUGGCAAGAAAACACAAGGGUUAUUGUGAUGACGACCAAAGAAUAUGAAAGAGCAAAACAAAAAUGUGCAAAAUAUUGGCCUGACGAGAAUCAAACAAAGGAAUGGGGCUGUGCUAAAGUAAAAUGGGUCGCCGAAAGCUCUGAAAAAGAAUAUAAGUUAAGAGAAUUUUUAUUCUCGUGGAGAUCUCAACCAGAGCGCCGAAUAUAUCAAUAUCAUUUUAUUGGAUGGCCAGAUCAUGGCGUACCCAGUGAUCCAGGUUGUGUUUUAAAUUUUUUAUAUGAUGUUAAUACCAGACAAAAUCAGUUAAGCCAAGCUGGGGAAAAUCCUGGACCUAUUUGUGUACAUUGUUCUGCAGGAAUAGGACGUACUGGAACCUUUAUUGUGAUUGAUAUGAUCUUAGAUCAAAUUGAUAGAGAAGGUUUGGAUACUGAAAUUGAUAUUCAAAGAACAAUUCAAAUGGUUCGUUCUCAACGCUCUGGAAUGGUGCAGACUGAAGCACAAUAUAAAUUUGUUUAUUAUGCUGUGUUAUAUUAUAUUCAAACAUUAUUCCAGAGGAAGCGUGCUGAAGAGCAAAGUUUACAAUUCGGUCGUGAAUAUACCAAUAUUAAGUAUACUGGAGAUAUUGGAACCGAAUUAAGAUCUCCUUUACCACCGUCAAUGUCUAGCUUAAGUAUAACUAACAAAAAUCAAGAUAAUCAUAAUAUUAGUAAUAAAUUGGUUAAAAAUAAAUCGCCAAUCGAUCAAUCAACUCCAAAGAAUGAAUUUGUUUCUCAAACAGCAUAUGAGAACAUUCCUAAAGACGUUAAACCACCUCCACCACCAAGGAAAGCAUGACAAAUCGAUGUUUAAAUUUUAUGUAUACUUUUUAUAUUUACAUCUUACAUUAUAUUAUAAUAUAUAAAAUAUAAAAUGAAAGAAUAAAUAAAAACUAAAAUAAAUAAGAAAGAGAAAAAAUGUUAAACCUAUAAAUAGAAAUAAUAAAUAUUUUAAAAUAUAUACUUUUUUUUUCGAAUUGGGCAAAUUUUUUAUAAUAAGAAAAAAGUUAAACGGACAAGUCAAAAAAAAAAAAGUAAUUUUUUGGUGAUAAUUUAAAACAAACAAAAAAAAGCAAGUAAAUUUCAGUAAACAAAAUUAAUAUAAUAUAAAAAUAAAAUCAAUAUUAAUCAUUUUAAAAUGGCUAUAAAAUAAGAUGAAAAAAUUUUUAUUUUCAAUUUUACAAAAUCUUUUUUUAUUUUAACACUUUUUUUCUUUAUGCCUCCUUUUUUUUGUUC